AUGGCUGCAAAUUCUUCAGAUUCACCGAAAUCCUUAGUAGUUUCCAUACAUAAUUAUCCUUAUAAUAAAUCAAUAAAUACCGACGAUGACUUUGAUUGUGUUAAAGUUGAAAUAUCUGAUCUUGACAAUUCUUGUCCAAAUCCAACAACGCUGAGUUUAAUGAAAUGCAAAAAAGAAAUACUACAUCCAUUUCGAAAAUUACUUUGUUUAAUUGGUUGGAGACCUUUCGGUGUUGAUAGUUUAAAACGAUCAUCAAUUUUUUUACGUCUUAUCAAUAUUAUUUAUCCUAUUCUAAUAUUAAUGUUACUUUUAUUUAAUUAUACUUACGAAAUUAUUAUUUGUCAAGGAAAAUUGAAUGUUAUCACAGACACACAAACAUCAACUACCGUUCGUACAACAACAAAAACGGAUAUUAUAACAACGGGUGUAACUAGAAAUCAUUCAGCUGGAACUUGGGCUACACUUCAACCGGGAAAAACUAGACCACAUACGACACCGUUAAUGAAUGUAACUAUGGCUUUAAUACAUAAUCAUGCUGAAUGUGGUCAUAUAUUUACUACUUAUAUUUUACCUGAUAUUUUUCAUUUUGUUGCUUUUAUUAUUGGUUUUAUUUAUUUUCGUGUUACAGAAGGUGAACCUAUGUAUUCAUUAAUGGAAAAAGUUUUUAUCCAUGCUGAUCAUCAAAAUAUACGUUUAUUUGGUAUAAAUCGAGCUAUUCGACGAUUAAAAUUAUUCAUGCUUCUUGGAUCUGUUUGGGUACUUGUAUCUGUAGCUACACAUGCUCUUUCCAAUGCAAUGAAUGAUUUUGCUCAUACCCUAAUUUUUCACGAUGCACAAUUUCAUGUUGUACAAAAUAAACCUGAACGAUAUAUAUUUUUUACUAUCGAUAUUAUUUGUCUUCUCAUAUCGAACUGUAUUCAUAUGGCUGUUGUUAUGAAUUAUGCAUGUCAUUGUGAAAUGAUACUUUUUUAUUGUAAAGCAAUUCGAAUACGUUUAGAAGAAAAAUCAAUAAAUCUACUUGAAGCUAUGAAAAGAAUUCUUGAUCUUGGUGUAUCAAUUAGUCAAUUGAAUAGUGCAGCAUCUCGAAUGAUGUCAAUAUUAAUUAUUUUCUUUAUUGAACGCACUAUACUCGGUUUUAUUUUACUCGUCAUGAAUCGAAUCUUUCAAGCUGAUAUGUGGAUUUAUCGAUCAUUGUAUACAUUGGUUUGGUUUUCUAUUCUUGCAUUUUGUCUUGGACAAGCUGCGCGAGUAACAUCUAAAUGUGAUAAAUUUUAUCGGAUUAGUCUUUCAAUGCGUGUGUAUGGAUAUCCAAAUGCUACAUCGAGUGAACUUGAUGGUUUUCUACUUUUUCUUUCGAAAGCAGGUUUACGUGUGAAAUUAUUUGGAUUAACAGUUCGACCUGGUAAAAUUAUUUUCAUCGGUAUAACAACACUUCUUGUAUUUAUUGUUCUUUUUCAAACGAGUAUUAUCUCAAGUGAGAACUUUUUUUUCUAA